AAUAAAAACUUUUUUUAAUACUAAUUAAAAAAUUUCUUUACUUUAAUAUCUCAGAAAACUAUUUGGUGUCAUAGAAGAAGAAGAAGAAGGAGAAGACUCCUUAAACAUGUAAUCAUAUAUCCAAAAGCUUGAUUCCAUCUUGCCAAGCUUUUUUCAUUUAUAAUAUUAUAAAGGUAGUAUUAUUUUUACCCUUUCACAAAAAAAGCUUCAAAAAUGUUCCCCUCUUGAGUCCACCCACCCUCUCUCUCUCGCUUUUUUUUUUCCCCUUCCUUUUUUUUGUUUAUUCAAUUGCUUGUGCAAACUAAUAAAAGCUCCUUAUAACAAGAAGAAGAGGAAGAAGAAGAGCUACAAACAAGUGGAAGAAGAAAAGAAGGAAAAAAAAAAAAACAGAGCUUUUUUAGAUGAUACAAGCAGCUUCACCUAGAAGCAGAAGAAGCAAGGCCAUAUUUUGGCCUUUGAAUUGAUCUUUUUCACGAGUUUGAGUUUGGAAAAAGAGGUGACCGAGAAUUUGAUGCUGAAGAGAAAUUAGUGAAGUCAAAUUAGAGGUUUUGUAGAAUUUUGUUUUCUAUGGAUCGACUGUGCUGCUUUAGUUCAUCUCAGCUUGGAGAAGGGCGUCCGUAUUCGAGUUCUGGUAAGGGGAAAAGCUAUGAGGGUGUGAUAAAGUUUGGUUUCAGCCUAGUAAAAGGGAAAGCUAAUCAUCCUAUGGAGGAUUAUCAUGUGGCAAAGUUCAUGCAGAUUCAACAGCACGAAUUAGGGCUUUUUGCUAUCUACGAUGGUCAUUUGGGAGAUACUAUACCAUCCUAUCUACAGAAGCAUUUAUUUGCCAAUAUCCUAAAGGAGGAAGAGUUUUGGGUUGACCCCUCUAGAGCCAUCUCCAAAGCUUAUGAGAAAACAGAUCAGGCAAUUCUUUCACAAAGCUCAGACUUGGGUCGUGGUGGAUCCACUGCUGUAACUGCAAUAUUGAUAAAUGGAAUAAAACUAUGGGUGGCAAAUGUAGGAGAUUCACGUGCUGUUCUUUCUAGAGGGGGUCAAGCAAUACAGAUGACAACAGAUCAUGAACCCAAUACUGAACGAGGCAGCAUUGAGAACAGAGGUGGAUUCGUCUCAAAUAUGCCAGGAGAUGUUCCUAGAGUUAAUGGACAACUGGCAGUUUCACGUGCUUUCGGUGACAAGAGUCUUAAAUCGCAUCUACGAUCAGAUCCCGACAUUCAAUGGACCGACAUAGAUAACGAUACAGAUAUUUUAAUUCUUGCAAGUGAUGGUCUUUGGAAGGUGAUGAGUAAUCAAGAGGCCGUUGAUAUUGCAAAAAAGUUUAAAGACCCACAGAAGGCUUCGAAACAACUAAUUGCAGAAGCGGUUAAAAGAGACAGUAAAGAUGACAUAUCUUGUGUUGUCGUUAGAUUUAGAGGAUAGAACUGUUUAGAUGAGAUUUGCAGUAUACACCUGAAAUAAGAGUUUGUUUACACGGUCAAUUUGUGAAUCAAACCAACAUGAAAAUACAUACCAAGCACUACGGGGAUUAAGGGUUGCACUUCACAAAAAGAACAAAAUAUAGGAUUAUCACCCCAUGUAAAUUCGUUUUUAUCGAUUAGGUUCAGAUGUUUGAUAUUGUUUGAUUUCUUUAUGAAGGUGAUUAGGAAUUGAAUGUAUAUUGUUAUGUGGUGUAUAGAUGAAGUUGGCUUUGAUCGUGACCAGAGGAAUUUCCAUGACCAGAGGAAUUUCCAUACUGUGGUUCAAUGUAGUUACCAUGAAACACCCCGAUUGGGAAAUCGAUCUCGAGAUAUUUUGUCAA